AUGCGACAAUACAAGCUCUACGAAGGCAAAGGCAACGAUUGUCUGACUUUGGAGAACGUCGACAAGCCCGUCAUCAAGCGCUCUACCGAUGUCAUCGUCAAGAUCCACGCCCUCAGUCUGAAUGCUAGGGAUCACCAAUUUACCAAUGGCAUCUACGCCCUCCCUGUCCCCGAAGGUGGCGCAGUCGUUACUUCAGAUGCGGCUGGAGAGGUCGUCGAGGUCGGCUCCGAGGUAUCUGACUUCAAGAUUGGAGACCGGGCCGAACAUACGUCUCCCAAGCAAAUCGGCAAUGCCAUCGGUUUCUCCGCCGUGGGUACCGCCUCUGAGUUCAUGCUCGUCAACCAAGAAGAUAUCCUCCCCAUGCCGUCGCAUAUGUCUUACGAAGAAGGCGCCACCCUGCCUAUCGCCUGCGGAACCGCUUGGAACUCGUUGUAUGGGUCAGCUAAAACCAUCCAGUCCGGAGAUACCGUCGUCUGCAUGGGCACUGGCGGUGUCGCGGUCUUCACCGCUGCGAUCGCUUUGGGCGCCGGAGCCCGUGUUAUUAUGACCUCGUCUUCGGACGACAAGGUCGAAGAGGUCCGCAAGCACCUGGGCGCGCUGAUCACUUCCCCGGACCGAUUCCUCACGCUCAACCGUAAGAAGCACAAAGAGACCGACAAGGAGGUCGUCCGUCUCAAUGGCGGGGAGCGAGCCGACUUUUUGGUCGAGAUCGGAGGGAUCAGGACUUUGCCGGCUUCGAUCAGGAGCGUCAAGAAGUCUGGAUUGAUUGCGCUCGUAGGCUACUUGAGCGAUCAGCAUGGAGAGGAAGGACCUACGGAGGGUGAACGUCUACCUGAGCUCACUUCAAAUGUCGCGAAAGAACUGCUUUUCAGUGGAGCGAUCGUCAAGGGAACCUACUGCUGCAACCGAGAGCAAAUGAGGCAAAUGCACACCGCUUUUGAGCAGACGAAAUUCCAUCCGAUCAUCGACAAGGUCUUUGAAUUCGAUCAAUUGAAGGAGGCGUACGAUUAUGCGCAGUCCGGAGAUCACCUUGGCAAGAUCGUCGUCAAGGUCGCUAGCUCUUGA